AUGUAUGUUGCAAAUAUUGCAGCUGAGUCCGACACUGCCGUAGCGCCAGCUCCAGCUCCGUCUGUGCCGAUAGCGCCGCCACAAUUUGCCCCACCAGCUGCUGUCGCCGUCCCAGGUCCGGCAAGUACUAAUCUUGCUGCUGGUGGAACGCUUACAACGGCAGACCUGCAGCGCGCAAUGGCUGCUUUUCAAGGACUUGCGCAACCGAAGCCGGUGUCCCUGACCAAGCUCCUUUGCGUUGACAACAUGGAGAGUGUUCUCAGUGACCCAGCAUGCGUCGAGACCUUGCUGCCACACUUGCCCGAAGGCUCCCAGACUCUUGCGGAGCUUCGCACGACGUUGCGUUCUCCUCAAUUGCGUCAAAGCAUCGGGUCGCUCGUGAGCGCUCUGCGGAACGGCAAUUUCGACGCGAUCACGGCCAACUUCGGACUGGAUCCUGCUGCAGGCGCUGCGAAACUCGCGUUUGGGGACGGCGUCGGUGCAUUGCUUGCUGCGAUCCAGGCGUGGGCAGACCAGCAAAGCACUGCCGAGUCUUCGCCAAUCGCGAAUGAUCGUCAGAGCGCGGCGGACAAGUAG